AUGCCACAACCGACUACCAAUCCAUCCACAACCCCAGCUGACCCAGCAAGCGAGCCGCCCUGCCAUCACCACAACCAUGCCUUAGAAUACUACCAGCAGAUGUUACUUGACCUCGAGCAAAAGAACAAGCAAAAGCUCCUCGAAGCACGGCGCGAGCAGGUCCCAGACGAACAGGGCCCGGAGGAUACCGUGAUGGUGUAUGCGGAGUCGAAGCUUUGA